GUUUUUAAGCAUUUUUUUAAAAGCAUUUUCUUAAGUGUUGUACUUUUUUUCAAAAUAAAUAGGCUAAAUUAACUGUCGAUGACUAGUAAUCGUACAGAGUGGUAAACCAUUAGUAGCAUGUUGGCUAAAGUCUUUAUUUUCUUAUUUUUAAUAGGUCUACAUAAUACAGUAUCUGGAGACGAUUUGGCGGACUUUGAAAAAGAUCCCAACAAAGUUGAAUGCAAAAUACUUUGUCAAACAUGCGUCGUGAAUGUACGUGGCAUUCGAUGGGCUCUUUUACAAGAUUAUGUAAGAGAAGCUUUAGCCAAAUUGUUCAAUAUAAUGUGUAACUUUCUACCGUAUCGGAAACCUCGUGCAUCGUGUAAAGCAUUCUUUAAUGGACCAUUCAAACAAAAGCUUCAUGAUUUUGCUGUUAACAUGAGCGUUUAUGAACCAUGUAAGUAUAUAGGACUUUGCUUAACAGCAGAACAAAAUGUAAUGCAGAAUGCAUACGAUGCACCCCAUACUGAUACACUGAUGCAAGCUGUGAACAUAAUUAAACAGUACCUACAGGCUACAGUUACACCAGAAUACAUCGAUCAGACAAUUACACAAAUCUGUUCAUCUGAUGACAAGUGUGUGAAAAUACUCAAAAACCAUGCCAAGCAUUUCGUCAAGGAAAUUUUCUAACGAUAACUGUCGACCACUAAUUCGCACUGUAAUGGGAGUUAAUUAUUGAUUCACCGAAUAGCAUAUGUUCAGAGAGAAAUCUACAGUUGCAUGAAGUCACAUUUAACUUUUACAUUCGUUCUUAAACUACUUUAAUUUUACUAGGUGGUAAGUUACAAUAAAAAACCACAAACAAUCAGCUAUUACUAUACUUCAUUCCAAUAAAUUUUAUUAUUAUUUACUUCAGAAUAACGGUCAGAUGAUGCAAAAAAGGUGGACUGAAUGUUUUCGUCGUAUACAUUGAUACUCUUCCAUUUAACAAUUUUAUGAUUGGGUAUAUUUUUCAUUCUUAUAAAUUUUUCAUAGAAUACAUAGUUCUAAAUACUUGAAAA